ACUGCGUCUCAGCAUUGAAAGGUCUGUGCGUCCUUCACAUCAUCACUCGGAAUAACCUUUGCAUUGCAAUAUUUGAAAGAAAUUAGCUUAAUCGAUGGUUCACAUCUUUGCGCAUCUCCCGCGAGUUAAAGCGAUGUGAAUCACCCUAAAAUGGUUUGCCGACCGGCUGGAUGCUGAGAUCAUGAUGAGGGAGGGGUCCAGUGGAAUGGAGCAGAGUUUCAUGCAGUCCGCGAUGGCUUUGGGUGCACAGUCCAAGAAAGGCUUCUCCAGGAGCAUCGCAGUGGAGAGGAAAAACCUGAUCACGGUUUGUAGGUUUUCUGUGAAGACACUGUUGGAAAAGUACACUGCAGAGCCAAUUGAUGACUCUUCUGAAGAGUUCAUUAACUUUGCUGCUAUUCUAGAGCACAUCCUCAGCCACCGUUUUAAAGGCUCUGGCAGCUGGUUUGAUGGCCAGCGCAGUUUUUGGGAUUUCAUCCGCCUGGCCUGCAGUAAAGUGCCCAAUAACUGCAUCAGCAGCAUUGAGAACAUGGAGAACAUCAACUCCUCACGAGCAAAGGGCAGAGCAUGGUUGCGGGUUGCACUGAUGGAAAAGCGUCUGUCUGAAUACAUCGCCACAGCUUUGCGAGACAGCCGUACAACAAGGAGAUUUUACGAUGAAGGUGCCAUAAUGUUGCGAGAAGAAGCCACUGUACUGACUGGAAUGCUCAUAGGACUCGGUGCGAUUGAUUUUAGUUUCUGUUUGAAAGGGGAGGCUCUGGAUGGGAAGUCUGAGGCUGUUAUUGACUACACUCCUUAUCUGAAAUUCACUCAAAGUUAUGAUUACCUCAGUGACGAUGAGGAUGGUCAGAGCGUGGACAGCAGUAACAGUGAUGACAGUGUGGAGCAUCCCUACAUCCCUCUGGUCACAGAUGAGGAGAGCUGGAGGAACAAGUGCCGAAAGAUGGAGCAGAGGUUCAAGAUCGUCAAUGCACAAAAGGGAUACCUUGAGGAGCUGGUGAGGCUGCGUGAAUCCCAGCUGAAGAAUGUGGAGAUGGAGAAUAAGAAACUCACGGCUGGACUAGAAGAGCUGCAGCAACAGAGUCAGAAAGAGAAGAGAGAACUAGAGAACAUCAUACUGGAGCUGCAGGAACAACUGACAAGUCUGAUUCCAGGAGAAUCACAUCCACUUUCUAAGGAUCUGUCAAUCCCCCUUGUUAACCAAUGGCCAUCACUCCAAAACUACAACAACCAGGAAGACAGUAAACUGUACCACAGGGGUAGUUUUCCCAGCCCAGAGCCCCAUAUCAGCCUAACCACAGGUUCUCAGAGGACUGAACGAAAACAGAAUGGAAAGUCCUGGUGCACCGCAGAAAAAGACUACACUCCAUCAAUGCUAGGUCUAUGCGGCUCAAUGUCCUCUUUGCCCAGCUGUAAGUCCUUGCCAAGCCUGAGGUCGACAGAGUGUCUGGUGAACAUCAGCGCAGAGCCCAGUCCUGCUCUAACCCCAAGCUAGAGACCACCAGAUGCCACAAGCAGAGAGAAACUGCCCUGCCAGCUAAGCCAUCCAAAGAUAAACAGCUCGACUACAGCCUGGGUAACCCACAUUUCCAAAAAACAUCCUUUAUUUUCCCUUGAAGAGAUAUUACUAGUUAUGAUGGGAUAAAUUUCUCCGGUUCAUGGUGUCAGAGCCUCUCUCUGAAUGUCUUUGCUGCUCAGCUCUUUCUCCUGACUUGAUUUGGAAACCUUUGAAGGCAAACUGUGGACUAUGCACUGACUGACCUGAGACCUGUUUUUCCCUACAGUAUAGGUCGCCUCAGAGCCCAAACACAGCUUUCCCACAAUUCUGUUGCCCUUUAAAAACCUCCUUACAAAACACCUACAUACAAAAUCACAGGCUGAAAUUAACCAGUGUGUGAAAGAAAGCAUAUUCUAAUUAUAUAAUAUUAGUAUGUUGACAUUAUCAUCACCUUUUUGUUUUUGAUUCUCGCCUGAACAUCCCUCCUCUGCCAAAACAAAGAGAAAACUCAUGCCAAGAUGAUGUGUAUGUCUUACUUUGCGGUCUGCUGGUGGUAAUAAAAUGAAAGACAUUUCUGGAAUCGCUGCCUUAUUCCUCUUGUCUUGCCUGAUUGAGCAUCCUGCACACGAUGGCAGUGUAUUCUUGCUGACUGACAGAGAUUGACGUAAUCUUAGCGGACCCGUAUAUAUCUGCAUACUGUUGUACUGUACUGUACGUUCGCUAUCAAUUUGUCAUCUGUUGUCUCCAAUGAGUGAAUCACAUUCAUCUUCGGUAUAUUAGCAGCUAAUUCCCGAAAGCCUAAGUUAAAUCGUAUUGGCAUCAUGUAAAACUGAUAAGCUAGAUUCACCAUCGCCCUCCAUUGUCAGUGUAACUGAAAGUCUAUUUGUUUGAGAAUGUGUGUUUGUUGUGUUAGAGAGCUGUCCACCCUCAAUUAGGAGUUUAUUUCAUUUUUAAUUCAUUGAACUUUUUGUUUUUGUUUUAAAAGCCAUUGGAAACUAUGCUGUUUGUCACUUAAAAUCGCAAUAAAACUGCCUUUUUUUUGUCCUA